AUGGUGCUGCCGACGCCGUCGCUGCAUGCGCAGCGCUUCCAGCCGGUGAUAUUCAGUGAUGAGGGGACGAAUUUGUACCCGCUGUGCGACUCGAUGGAUGAGACGAUGCCGAAGGCGCUUGUGCCUGUGAUGAAUCGGCCGAUGAUCGCGUUUCCUCUCCAGUGGCUCGUGUCGGCUGGCUUCCGUACGUGUCUCCUGGUGGCGCCUGUCGCGCAGCAUGCCGCGUUCUACGAUGCGCUGCGCUCGCUGUACCUUGUGCCAUCGAGCUCAGAUCGCGAGGCCGAGCAGGCCGAGCAGGCCGCGACGCAGGUGGCUCUGGGCUCGUCGUCCGCGAGCAAUGUGUCGGUGACGUUCGGCAGCUCGACGUCCAGCGUCCUCUCCGGCACGGGCGCCUUGGUAGAUCCGCAGCCGAGCAUGCCCGUGAUGCACGUGGAACUCGUGCCGUACGGCCCCAAGCCAGGUGAGCUGGUCCGCAGCGUGCGUGAGCCGUCCAAGAGUGUGUCGCGCACGCGGUGGGGCACCGCUCAGCUGCUGUACUGGCUAGCAGCGACGCGGCAGCUGACGCAGGACCCGCUCGUCGUGCCGGUGGAUCUCAUGGCCGUGCACAUGCCGCUCUCCAACUUCUUGAUGGCGCACCUGGGCGCCGUGCCGGAUGUGCCGACCGUGUCGUGCCUCUUGUACGAGCGCAGCGCAAGCGAAGGCGCUGGCAAGGAACGCGAGCGCGAUGGGCCCGCGAACCUGUUCGUGGCCUACGAUCGCCGCCCACUGCGCUCGCACGAGGGCAUUCGGUCCCAGAGGCACGGCGCCAAGGACACGCUGCAUAUCCACGAGCCCCUGUUCCUGAUGGACUCGGACGACGUGUACGACAAGAACGCAUCCGACUUGGAGCUCCGCAUGAGCAUGCUCUGGACGCACCCGCACGUCCGCGUAACGACCGCCCUCCUCGACUCGCACGUAUACGCAUUGCAUCUCCAGCCGCUGCUCCCGCUCCUGGAAGCGCAUCCCGAACUGAACCAUAUCACCGAGCAGCUCGUGCCGUUUGUCGUCAAGUGCGGCUGGCAAAAGCGGCUGAGUCACAAGGCCGAGUGGACGACGGACGCGCCUUCGGCAGAGGGCCCAUGCUCGGCCACCGACGCUGUCGUCGACACGACGCACGGCACGCCCUUCCACCCCCACUGCGAAAUGAUGCUGGCUCACAUGCGUCCCGAGCCACGCCGGCCAUGUGCGCCGCAGCAUGUGCUCGAGGCCGACAAGCUCCGCUCCGCCGACGAUGCAUUCAUGGCGCGCGCCAACACGGUGCCUACGUACCUCGACUGCAGUCGCUAUCUGCUUCGCCUCGCCAGCACAUCGAUGCCGCUGCCGGCGCCGUUCCCCCUGCCGGCCAUGCUCGGCUGCGGCGUUGUGCCGUUCGAGGCACCCAAAAGCGACGACGGCCCGAUUCAUCCACGCGCACAGCUCUCGAACGACUGCCUGAUCGGCAGCCACACACGCAUCGACGAGCGCGCUACGCUCAAGCACUCGAUUGUCGGGCGGCAGUGCACCAUCGGCAAGGGUGCACGCAUUUUGCGCUCGGUCAUCAUGGACGGCGUCCGCAUCGGCGACAAUGCCAAGGUGGAAAACUGCAUUCUCGGCUCGCACGCCGAUAUCGGCGAGCGUGCGCAGCUGCGGGAGACGGAUGUCGGCCCUCACUACGUCAUGGCGCCCAACACCGAGUCGAAAAACGAAAAGCUCGUCGCAGAAGAGGAGGAGCAUCUGGAUGAGCCCGUGUCUGAUAGCAUGUAG